CCCUUUUUAAAACCCCAUCACUUCUCCCCAUUUCCUCUCACAUUCUAUUCUCUCUCUCAGUCUCACUUGCACAUUUUCUCUCAACAAAGAUCGAAGCUUUUUAAGAACUCAGAGAUGGACUCGGUUUCGGGCUCAAGGAGGCCCUGUUUUGUGGAGGAAGACGACGGGCUGGCCUCGCUGACUGAUAUGGAAGCUGGGUUUUCUGGGAGUCAGCAUCCGUUUUUCUCGAGGCCCAUGUGUUAUACUAGGAGGAUGGGGUCGUUUGGGUCGAACUCGUCCUUUUCGCCGAGAUCUGGGAGGUUCUGGGAUGCCAGAUUUGAAGAGCACCAGCCUCAUUUUUUGGAGGCUUGUUUUCUAUGCAAGAAACCACUUGGGGAGAACAGGGACAUCUUCAUGUACAGAGGUGACACUCCCUUCUGUAGUGAAGAGUGCAGAGAUGAGCAGAUAGAGACAGAUGAAGCUAAAGAGAAGAACUGGAAUCUUUCUAGUUCCAUGAAAGCUUUGAGAAAGAGGGAGCAAAGGAAAUCCAGCUCUGCAAACACGGCCAAGGAUUACCCUUUCCGGCCAGGCACAGUAGCAGCAGCUUGAAUUGAUCUCAUAGCAAAAAGAAAUAAGAAAAAAAGAAAGAUUUGAAAUCUGAGGUUGAUUUCAUUUCUGUCCAAGAAAGUUACAAGGCCAAGGAGAGGAGAGAUCUGAUGAAGAUUAUAAAGGUUGAAGACCCAUCUUGAGGGCUUCAGAAUCUGACUAUGAAGUGGUUGUAUACAUAUGAAGAAGAAAGUGUGCAUGGUUUGGGGGGAGGGACUAAGCUCUACAUAUGAAGAAGAAAGUGUGCAUGGUUUGGGGGGAGGGACUAAGCUCUAUGAGAUGGCUCUUUUUUGGGUUUGUUUUCUUUUUUCGUUUUGUGUUUUUAGAUUAACAGCAUGAAUAUACUAUGUGUAUUAUGUAAUGACGUAUUCCCAUCUGGUAAUUGCAAAGCAAAAGCUUCAGCUUUGCAAAUGAUGAAAAACCAAAAUGGAAAGAAAGAGAUUUGUAAGAAAUGAAGUUCCUUUCUGAUUCCUGA